AACGUAUGAGACAGGAGUGUUAAACAAUGUGACCGACCUCAAAAACAGCAAAAUCCAUCUCAGAUUAGAGUGUAGAGCUUCUUCUCAUACGAUCUCCAUCUCCGGUGAACUUGAAGAUUUUUGCGUAAAUUGCACAAGCAGAAGUUAUGGCAGGUGGUGAUUCAAGUGCAUCUGAGAAGAAAUCAAGUGAGGCCUCGGAUGAUGUACCGGCCUUCAAUGCUGAGAAUAUGAUAAACAACAUGAAAAUUGUCAAUUACAGCCGAACAUUUAUGUCUAUCAUUGGUGGAGUCAUUGCUGGAAUUUUGGGAUUUACUGGCUUGAAUGGAUUUAUCUUCUAUUUUCUUGCCAUGGCAAUUACUUCAGUAGGACUUGCAGCCAAGGCUGGGUUUUCCACUCAUUCAUACUUCGAUUGCUGGAACCGCAUUAUACUUGAUGGCUUUUUGGGCGGGCUUAUGUCAUUCGUGCUGUUCUGGACAUUUGCUUAUGACAUUGUGCAUAUAUUCUGAGGAGACGCCUGCUACCUGCUGCCGGGAAGGAUGACGGCUGCUGCUGCUGCUGCUGCUUGUGGUAAAUUUGGUAAACCUAAUAUCUGGGCUGGUAAAAGCCCAUGAUCCAGACACUUCCAGUUUUUGGUAGUUCGAAUUCCAUGUUAAAACAAUUGGGGUGCUGAAUUUUUGUCCACCUGAAAUUUUUUUUUAGUCUUAAAGUGAUUGUUAUCUUUGUAUCAUCGUGCAAAUUCAUUCCAGCAAUUUGAAUUUCUUUGGCAAUGAAUAUUGGACUGAUUGGCUCUA